GGAUUCCCUAGAAAAAAAGACCUCAACCUUUCAGUGCAGGAAUAGACUGUUAAUCUAUUCUAUAAUAAUAUCAAUAUUAAUGUAGGCUACAGUCUAUGAGUGUAGGAUAUGCUGGAUGUUUAACCACCAAAGAAGAAGAGUGGUCCGUCUGAGCGGACCUGUGGUGCGGACGGCGGAGGAAUGGCGGUGCUUCUACUCGGGGGACGUUUCUUUAAAUGCAGAAGUGACAUUAAGAGAGUCGUGAAAGAGUCAUUCCAGUCGUACUGCUCGUCGCUGGCCUCGGGCAGGCAGCAUGUUAACGGAGUGGAUCUGUUCUACGAGCAGACAGGCGGAGGGAAACACGCCGUGCUGCUGAUUCCUGGUGCUCUGGGGUGCAUUCGGACUGAUUUUGGACCUCAGCUGAAGUCUCUAAAUAAGGAACGCUUCACUGUAGUGGGCUGGGAUCCCCGUGGUUACGGACAAUCCCGCCCCCCAGACAGAGACUUCCCCCCUGACUUCUUUGAGAGGGAUGCAAAGGACGCAGUGGAUCUGAUGAAGGCACUGGGCUUUGGCCAGUUCUCUCUGCUGGGGUGGAGUGACGGAGGGAUCACCGCUCUGAUUGCAGCGGCGAAGAACCCCCACCUGAUCAGCAAGAUGGUGGUAUGGGGAAGCAACGCCUUUGUUUCCCAGCAGGACCUCCAGCUUUACAAUGCGGUGCGUGAUGUCUCCAAGUGGAGUGCGAGGAUGAGGCAGCCCAUGGAGGAGGUGUAUGGAGCACAAAUCUUUGCUAAAACCUGGGAGGCCUGGGUGGACGGGAUCGCACAGUUUGCAAAAAGACCAGAAGGGAGUAUCUGCCUGGAGCUUCUGCCCCUAAUCAGCUGUCCAACCCUCAUCAUCCACGGAGAAAAAGACCCCAUGGUGCCCAGCUUCCACCCACAGUGCCUCCUCAAACACAUCAAGGGAUCACGAUUACACCUGAUGCCAGAGGGUAAACACAAUCUCCACCUGAGGUACGCUGAUGAAUUCAACAGACUGGUGGAAGACUUUCUGGGAGACUGAUCGAUUAAUUAACACUGUGAAACGACAACUGAUUGCCUUGUGGAGAGGUCGCCAGGGUAACUAGCACAUAUGUGCACCUAAUGACUUAAUUUUGUUUUGAUAAUUUAAUUUGUAAUCAUGUAAAUCUGUUUACAUGAAACAUCAAUUGUAAAAUAACUCUAUAUUUAACUUUAAAAUUCCAAUGUUCAUUUUAUCUCGUUCAUGCUAAUGUUACACUGCAAUUAUUUAAAAAAAACAGUGACAUUAGUUCCUAACGAGGUCUCGGUAAAGUUAAAGUAAAAUGUCUGCAGCUGCUUGCUUUAGAAAACAAACACUUAUACAAAGCUAAAUUUAACAACACUGUUAAUAGCUGUAUUAUCACAAAACUGAAAUUAAGAUUUGGUAAAUUGUCAGUAACAUUAAAUAUUUGUUUUGGUGAUUACAGGAGUAAUGUUAAUGAUUUCACAUUGAAAAUGAUUUAUGAGCAUUAAUAAAGCUAUUUCAUACCAUUUAA